AUGGGAACCGAUACAAAGCCGCAACAGGCGCAGAAAGCCCAAGAUACACAGAAGCAGAAUGGAAAUGAAAAAGAGAAGACUGGCGGAGCUUCCACUCAAGGGCUUGCAAAGCGCAAACCGCAGGACAAGGACAACAAAGAGAAGGCUAAGCGCCGGAGGUCUGAGAAGCCGGCCGUCCCGAAGGGGAUCCACUUUCGGCUGCUCUGCCACGAGGGCCAAGCAGGCGCUGUUAUCGGCAAGGGUGGAGACACGGUUCGAAACAUCAGGAAAAAUUCAGGCGCCGAGGUCUCAGUCCAACCUCCCAUCCAGGGCCAUCGCCUACGUGUCAUAAUUAUCGAUUCUUCGCCAGGGAACCGUGCUGUACCAUCGUAUCCAGCAAAGGAGGCCUUGCUGACAUGCGCUAUGUUGACCGUCGAGGGGGAUCAACCGCUAAAUGCCCCGGACCCGUCCAAACUGGUUGAUGUUCGUUUGCUCGUGCAUUCGGCGCUCGCGGCGGGACUGUUGGGCCUGAAACACUCACACGGCAGCCUGGCGGCAGGUGAUAUAUCAGCUCGGUGCGGAGCCAACGUGAUCAUACCGGGGGAAGCCGAGCGCCCUAAGCUGGCGGAGGCUGAUGAGGAGUAUCUGUUGCUUCGCGGGCCCUGGCCAGCCGUGUAUGCGGCUUUGGGCAUGGUUGCGGAUGAAGUCCGACGGCAGUUCUUUGAGCUGCGGGAUCCUCAUGUAGAGCCGACGCUUGGUCCGGCCCCCGCUGCGUUUGGCUUUGCUGGGCCGCCGCCCAUGGGCAUGGUGCCAGGGCCAUUUGACCCCCUUGAAGCUAUGCAGCUGGGCAUUGGGCUUGGCAUGGAAAUGGCAGCAGCGGCUGCGGCGGGGGUGGCGGGCCCUGCCCCGCACAUGGGCGGGCCGGUUCACGGGAAUGGCCCUAUGGCGGGGGGAGGCGGCGGUGGACAUGUGACUCCAAAUGGCGGCAGCCUGCAUAUUGCAGGCCUUGUGCCUGAGUUUCGCAGUUCCGCAGAGGCGUCUACGCCAAUCGCUGUGACAUACAAGCUGGUCGUGCCCGAGAGCAAGGCCGGCAGGUUCAUCGGCAAGGGCGGCGAGAACCUGCGGGAUAUGCGGCUGGCCCUGGGAUUGAGUACACUUAAGGUGCACCCGGCGGUCAAAGACACGUCUGUCCGCGUGCUGGAGGUGUCUUCCACCGAGCCCGCUGCAUCAAACCGGUGUGCCGCGGCGGACGCGCUGCUUUACUACGUGGAAAGGUUGGGCCAGAAUACGCCUCAGGGUGCAGGGGGAAACCGAGGGCGCAUCACGAUUAAGAUGCUAUUGCAACAACAACACUGCGGGCCUGUCGUGGGGCCUCGCGCAGCAGUCAUUCGGCAGAUCAGCGCCCUGACCAAGGCUAGCUGUGUGGUGCACAAGAAGGGUGAUGUCCCGCCAUAUGGCGCUCCAGACGACCAGGAGUUGGAGGCGGAAGGUGACGCACAGCACGUGUUUGAGGCUAUCCGCAUCGUGGCGGCCAUCGUCCGUGGUUGCGAGCUACGGCGCCAGGGCCAAAUAGCCGUGCGCGAGACCUUGGGCACUCCGGAGUUCGAUAUUGUUCGUGGCAACAUACCUCCCCACGCUGCGCCGCACACAGCGAUGGGUCCCAUGGUUUCUGCCACGCGGGCUGGGCCCGGUAUGGAGCCGGAGGACAGCUGGGUCUCGCCGGAUGCUCCCGUUGGCCACGGUGGACCGCCGGGCGGCCCACCCGGACCUUCGAUGCAGCCACAGCACCAGCAGCAGAUGCAAAUGCAGCACCAGCAAGGCCAGAUGCCGCAGCACUAUCAUCCUCACCAGGAGCACCCACAUGAGGAGCGGUAUACACAGCAGGCGCCGGUCCAUCCUCAGCCCCCCAUGCAGGGGCCUCUCGGGCCCAUGGACCAGCAGCAGCAACAACAACAACAGCAGGUGCAGCUACCGCCUCAUCUGCAGAAGCAGAAGCAGCGAUUGGAUGCAAGCUCGCCCUUGGAUAAGGGCCAGGGUGUGGCAGGCGGAUCGGUGGUAGCUGGGUUGCCCCCCCUGGGCCCCAACGACGUGCGUUUGACCAUUUUCGUGGCGGCUGCGCUCCUCAAUGCGCCUGAGGGCAUAAACGGCACCAACGUCCAGCAAGUCCAAGCGGUCACGAACACCGUGGUUACUCUGCGCCAGCCUGUGGCUAGCGGGGACUACGAGCUGGACAUCACAGGAAACUUUGCACAGGUUAUGCAGGCGCACACGCUGCUAUCAAACAUCAUGACCAUUGGUGCAAUUUUGCAGCAAAAGCCCCAACUGGCUCCGCAGCAAGUGCCGCCUCCGGCGGCGGCAGCGACUGCUCCCAGCGGCGCUGGUCAGCCGGGCGCCGCCGCUGCGUCGACGCCGGUGACAACCGCCAGUGGGGCGCAGCACCAGGUGGUGGUGCAGCCGAAUCAGGGGGUCGUGAUUGUGUCACAGCCGCCACCGCAGCAACAGCAACAGCCGCCUGCUGUCCAGUCUCCUCCUCACACUCAACCGAUUGCUGCUGCGCAACAGCAGCAGCAACAGGCGCUGGCACCACAGCAUCCGCCUUCGGCGGCACAGACACAGCCUGUACCGCAAGCCGUGCAGACUGGCCCUUCCCAGGGUGCGGCUGUUUAUCCUGGUGCUAAUCCGAACGUGCCCUCGCAGCAACAGCAGCAGCAGGCACUGCCCGCGCAACAGGUGCUCCCCCAGCAGCAGGCGCCACCACAACAGCACGCGCAGCAGCAGCAGCAUGAACAGCAGCAGCAAGUGCAGCAGCAGCAACAGAUGGAGCAACCUGGAAAAGGCGUUCCGUCGGCGCACCCGCAAUCGCAGCAACAGCAGAACCAGCAGCAGCGAUCCCAGCAGUAUCCCCAGGACGCCGCCGCCCCUCCGCGUCAGACGCAGAACCAGCAACAACCCUACGCAGGUCAGCAACAGCCAUUUCCGGCGCAGCAGACAGCUCAGUCACAGCAGCCGCAGCAGCCUCCGCCCCUGAUGGCUAACACGGGGCGGGCAGCGGUACCCUACCAGCAGCAGAUACCACAACAGCAGCAAACACAGCAGCAGCAGACGCAGCAGCAGCAGCAACAGCCGGUUGGACAAACUGCAGGCUACCCACAGGCGGCUGCGCUGCCGGUUGCAGGGCAACCGCAGCAGCAAUACAUGCCGCAGCAACAAAAUCAGGCGCAACAGCCGUCGUACAGUCAGUCGUACGCACAGCAGCCACAGGUUCAGCAGCAAUCCAGUUACUCGCAGACAGCCACAGCAGCGCAGCAAGAGCAAGCCCAUGGCACCAACCCGUACUCCGUUUACGGCGCUUCCGGGUAUAACAGCUCAGGUUCCGCUGCGCCGGCAGCGGCAGCAGCAGCCGGCUCUGCACAGCCUAGCGGUCAAGCGCCGGCAACAAGUUCGUACGGCGGGCAGUACAGCCAGGCUGCGGCGGCGCUGACCUCUUCGUCGCCUGCUGGUGCCACGCCGGCAGGCCCUGGCCCCGUUGGUACGGCAACGGCUUCGUAUGCUCAGCAGCCGCAGUACGCAGGUUACGGCACGGCUGGCUACCACGUUGCACCGCAGCCGAGCCAUCCUUACUAUCAGCAGCCACAGCAGCAGCAGCAGCCUGGUGCGCCAUCAGUACACGACCAGUACUACAUGCACAUGCAACAACAGUACGCUGCGUACCAGGCGGCUGCGGCAGCUGCCACGGCAGCCGCGACCUACACGCCUGCUGCGUAUGGGUAUGGGUAUGGGCCCGCGCCGACGGCCGCGCCGCAGUAA